CAGCCAUUGCAAGCCUGUGCUAACCUGCAUUCUUCUCUCUUGUAUUAUAGUUGAAUACCAUUGAUACCUGUUCGGCCUUUGUCCAGCAAUUCGUUGGUUUCAUGCGGCUCACUAAUCCUCAAUUGCUGCUUUUGUUGUGGAAAAUUCAUCUUGGAUAAUGGAUACUCCCCAGGUGCAAGUUGGGGUGCCGGAGGAAGCUCAUACUCCUGGAAACACUCAGUCCCACAAUGCAGAAAGCAUAAAUACUCCUGAUGGGGAUUUGAACACUGUUUCAAAAGCAGGCAAUGAUUCUCAGACUGCAACAACACCGGAUAUUGUCAUGUCUGACGCGCGUCCAGCUCCUGAGCAAGAGCCAAAACCAUCAGACCCUAGAAGAAAUGCUGGCCUUCAAUUUCUUGAUUUCUUGACAUCGCCUAUUGUGGAACUUGUUGUCGGGUCUGGUCAAUCCAGGACCGUCUUGACUGCGCACCAAAGCCUACUUCUAGAAUCCCCGCUCCUCACGGAGAAAGUUGCAACAUUCGGAGAAUCAGGUCCUCGGCGCAUCGAGCUUCCAGCAGAGGAUGUAGAAGCUUUCGGCUAUUUUCUGCAGUUCCAGUACACGCGUGACUAUUCUACCGCUCGCGCUGAAGCUCAUACUGGGCAAGAAGCUGUAGUUGGAGAUGACGACAGCGGAGAACAGCUGCUGAAACACGCGCGCGUGUAUACCUUAGCGGAAAAAUUGGGAAUACCAUCGCUGAAAACCAUCGCACACUCAAAGAUUCAUCGUAUCAACAGCACAUCUCAAGGAGAGAUUGCCUACGCCCGAUAUGUGUACACGAAUACCCCCGCUGACGAUGUCACUAUUCGCAAACCAGUAGCUACAUUUUGGGCUCUGCGAAGCCAUGUGUUACGUCAUGAAGCUGAGGACGAAUUUAAGAAGCUAUGCAUAGAUGUGCCUCAAUUUUGCUACGACGUGCUCAGCCUUGUCCUGGACCAGAAGGAGAAACGUGCACAAGAUAGGGCAGAGGCAGAGUCGGGGGUCAAAGGAAGUGGAAGGAAGCGACUACGCAGUGGUCUCUAGUUUUCAGGUCUGCACCGAAUGACAAGUGCAUUUAAUCGGAG